AAGCAACUGAAAGCGCUUUGAUUCUAAAAUUCAUCUUAAAGUUUUAAGACUUUCUGAUCUUCUUAAAUAUUCUUCUCCUCCUAAUCCUUUUACCAAUUUUCUAAAUCACUGGCAAUUGAUGGAUUUUGAUUUAAUUGAAGGCCGGCCAAUUGUCUGCGACAGUGGGUCAGGCUCUACAAAGGCUGGUUUUGCUGGUGAUGAUAAUCCAUGCGUGGUGUUUCCUAACAUAAUAGGCCGGCCUCGAAACAAGCAUGCCAUGAUUGCCAUUGGACACAAGGAUAUGUAUUUUGGAGAUGAAGCAGAAGCUAGAAGGGGAAUUCUUAAACUAAGCAAUCCUAUCCAUCAUGGUAUUGUAACAGACUGGGAAGCAAUGGAAAGAAUAUGGGAGCAUACAUUUGAUAAGGAGCUUAGAGUCACCAUUGAAGAACAUCCUGUUCUUUUAACAGAAGCUCCGCUCAAUCCCAAAAUCAACAGAGAAAAGAUGGUGGAGAUUAUGUUUGAAGCCUUUGAAAUCCCAGCCACCUAUAUUGCUAUCCAGGCUGUGUUAUCUCUAUAUGCUAGUGGCCGAACUACAGGCAUUGUUAUGGACUCUGGAGAAGGAGUGACACAUGUAGUUCCAAUCUAUGAAGGGUAUGCACUUCCACAUGCAGUCCAUAGGCUUGAUUUGGCAGGAAAGGACCUAACAGGUUAUCUGGCCAGAAUAUUAGCAGAAGAAGGUUACGUUUUCACUACUUCUGCAGAGAAAGAAAUAGUCAGGAGCAUAAAAGAGAAGGUUUCCUACGUAGCAAUGGAUUAUAAUAAAGAGCUUGCUAUAUCAAAGAAAAGUUCAGAGUUAGACAAGCAAUAUGAAUUGCCAGAUGGGCAAGUCAUAACAGUAGGAGCUGCGCGAUUUAGGUGCGCAGAAAUUCUGUUUGAUCCAAGCAGGCUGGGAAUAGAGUCAGGUGGUGUACAUGAAAUUUUGGUUAGGUCAAUCAGAAGGUGCGAUAUUGAUAUAAGGAGAGAAAUGUUUAGCAAUGUGGUGCUUAGUGGAGGGACUAGUCUGAUUCCAGGCUUGACUGAUAGGCUGGCUAAAGAGAUUACCUCUCUGGCGCCUCCUGGAGUUAGAGUAAGAGUUGUUGCUCCUCCUGAGAGAAUGUUUAGUGUUUGGAUUGGUGGAUCCAUUUUAGCUUCCUUAAGCACCUUUCAGCAGAUGUGGAUUACCAAGGAAGAGUACAUGGAGUCUGGAUCUCCUAUUGUGCAUAUGAAGUGUUUUUGAAACAUUUUAUUGUGUUUACCUUCUCAAAACCCAUAUAAUGUAUCUUCAUUUCUCUUAAGUUU